UUGCCGGGACUUUCUUCAGCAUCCAGUCGUGUCCGUCUUCAUGGCGAACCACCUAUCAAGCAGUCUAAGUCUUCCAAAGCCUUCACUUACGAAAAGUCUGCAAAUGGCGAUAAACUGAUAGAUCUGACGGGCAGAAAAUACGUCUCUGUGCGCUCCUUUCGCGGUCGGAUGUUGGUUGACAUCCGUGAGUACUAUGAGGAUAAGAGCGACGGUGGGUUAAAACCAGGGAAGAAAGGUAUUUCACUGAAUGCUGAGCAAUGGGAAAACCUGAAAAACCUUGCUGAUGUCAUCGACUCUAGUUUAAAGGAAACAAACCCCUGA